CAGGAAGCAGAGUGACAGGCUGUAAACAUGGGAACCACGGAGAGCUCGUCCCGUCUCGUAGAGCUGAAGUUUGCCGCACAUUAAUGAGAGCAGAGGGGCAGAGGAGAGAAAGAGGGGCACGUCAGUGAGGAACAUCACGGCAGUCCACGGGGAGGUAGGUCAGCUACAAACCAAGUCAGACUCUGAAUGGGAGGCUGUUUAUCGAUCCUUUACAGUCUUCGUUCUGAUCAGAAUUGUUGCGGAAAAGACGCGAGACCGAAGCAUCCUCUUAUCAGUAAAACUUGUGACUCUGUCACAUGUUGCAAUAAAACAGUUUAAGCUAAACUGGUUUUAAAAAAAACUUCUUGUGAUUGUACUGAACUUUUAGGAAUGGUUAUUAGUUGCCUCAUAUCUGUCUGUCGAAGUUAUCCAUGUAGUUUUGAGACAUACGCUAGUAGUGUGACCGUGAUUUAUUGUGACACACUAGAGUCUCACUGGAAAAACAAACUCAUACUUUUCAUGGGUGUUGUUAAAGUGACAGAUCUAGUUUUAACUAUGCCACAAUUCACCUGUUGAAAGAGUCAGUCAGUAUUUCCUGACACAAAAGUGAAGUGGUCGGAGCCUGUAGUGGAAGUAAGCCAUGUUUAGAUAAAUGUCUAUCCUUUUUUUUACACUGAAACUAAUUUUCAUGCAUCCUUGGGUUUUCUCCUCUGAGUAUCUGACUUCCUUCCACAGUACAAAGACAUCUUUGUCAGGUUAACUGGUCACUCUAAAUUGCCACUGACGGACUGGUGACCUGUCCGAGGUGGAGGGGAGAGUGGGGUAAGUUGAGCCAAAGGGCAAGUUGAGCCACCCUCUGUUGCUUUGAAAUGGUAAAAGAAAUUGAUCAUGUGACCAAAUAUUUAGGAGAUGGUCAUCAAUUCAUGGGGUCUGUGAAGGUUAGAAGCACAUGAGUGAAGGGGUUAUUUAUUUAAAAAAAAAACAUUUUUCACUCUUGAAAGUGAAUUUAGUCUGUGAUAAGUUUUAUUAGAAUUGUGUUCAGACCAAAAAAGAUCAUUUUAAAUUUGCGGUAUCUAUGAACUACAACAUGAGGUCAAAAACCUAGCAUCAAAGUCCCCCAUUUUAGCUUAGAGGACUAAUAAAGUCAUAAUAGUAGUUCUGGGGUAAGUUGAGCCAGUGGCUAAACUGAGAAAGUUAAGAAAUCUGAUAAGAGGAUCAGAGUUUCAGAUCAGAUUGUUGAAAUGUGAUACUUUCCUUUUCAUUUUCAUUCUCAUGUUAAAAUAGCUUUAUACCAGCACCAGCUCUGAGGGGUCUUUGCUGUUUUAUCUGUAGGUCAAGUGUGUGUUUUCCAGAUAAAAACGUAGCAUGAAAGUUCCCCAUUUUAGCUUAGAGGACUAAUACAGUCACAAUAGUAGUUCUAGGCUAACUGAGAAAGUAAAGAAGUCUGAUAAGAGGAUCAGAGUUUCAGUUCAGAUUGUUGAAAUGUUUGACUUUUUCUUUCCAAAAAUACAGCUGUGAAUGUUCUGAAUCACUUCAAGACAUUCUCGUGUUAAAAUAGCUUUUUACAAAACAGCUUUUUAUCAGUUAUAUGCAAUAAUAAUAAAAAGAAUUAUUGUACCAGUUGAAUAGCGUAUAAUAGAUAAAAAUUCACAUGAAUAUGAAGAAGUGACUGUUAUUUAGGGAGAGAGAAGGUGAGGGAGGGCUGGGGUGGAGAGUGGGGGGGUUGUAGGGAUACGGCUCAACUUACCCCGCUCCUAUGGUCAACUUACCCCAUACACGGGGUAAGUUGAACAUAGGAGACCACUUUUUUUGGCAUGUUUUAUUAUCAAGACAGUUAUGUUUACACUCAUUCUGUUGGUUUGCAGGGAUGCACAACGUAUUGAAUUAUAUGCAGAGACACUAGUUAGAGACAAAACUAUGAUUGCCUUGAUGUAGUGAUCUGAAAUAUGAAAAAUGGCUCAUCGUACCCCACACUCCCCUACUCUGCCUGGAUGGGCUCCUUCCCCGUGUGACCCCAGAAGGGUAACAUAAGUGAAUUGAAAUGCAGCUUAGUUAAAUAAAUGUAAAAAAAAGAAAAUUAUAAGUACACAAUGAGAUAAAAUCUCUGAUGCAGAAGAAAAAUUCUGGCUGGCUGUAGCGAAACUCCUGGUGUUCAUCUUAUGGGAAGUGGGCUGCUAUGACUGUUUGCUUAUUGGACACACCAGCUGAAGUUGUGAAGUUUUAUUCUGCUUUGUUGCCUCUCCCAUUUUUCACAGUUCUCUCUGUGGCUGUGAUCCUGCAGGUGUAAGUUGACCCUUGGCCCGGUUCUGCUGUUCUAGCUGGAUCCUGCUCUGCUGUCGGGGAUGGCCAACCAUCUGCCUCCUGUCCUUCUGGAGGCCUGUGUGGUAGUCGGGGCAUCUAGUGACAAGCUCAGGGAGUUAUGCCAGGUAUUUUCUUUUAAACAAAUUCAAAAGCACCUCUGAUGGUUGUACUGUAAACUGAAAAUGUUGUCAUCAUUAAAUUAUGAACGCGUGUUUGUAGCUUCAGACCCUUUUUUGGAUGAUCAUCUUUGUAUACCUCUGAGAUUACAAUGAAACAGUUGUAACUUUGGAAGCUUUGGCCCAAUUUGUGAGGAAUACCUUUAAAAACCAUCUUGGAUUAAGCUCUUAGGCUCUUCAACUGAUUAAGGAGCAAAAUCCAGUGAUGGUACAAACUUUUACUAAAGACCAAAGGGCAAAACUAAUAUGAGAAAAGAUGUGUGGUUUUGAUUCCUGAGAAACAACAUGAUAAAGAUAUCUCAGGUUGUUUUUAGUUUGAAUUAAAACAAAACCUCCAUACUUUUUUACUUGAUUUCCAAGUGUUUUUUUUUUUUUUUUUUCAAUUUUACCCAGCCUUUUUGUUGCAAAAUAAUACUUAUAUAAUACCCAGCUGGUCCUUUUUUCCAUAUUCUCUUCAGCUCAUUAACAAUCACAGCAGUCCAGAGCAUUUAGUGUUGGAGCCGGAGGUGCUUCGAGUCCUGGUGCCUCCCUUUGUUAGCCGACCACAAGGUGAGAAUGAAGCAUUGAAGCCACAUGGGAAGUUCAGGCGCUCCAUUGUCAGAAGAAAGAGGGACAAACCUUCAGCUGCAGGAACUCCCAACUUAGGUAGCUACCUGUCCGACUGAUUUAUUUCUUUACACAUGUGCCAAACCAAACAGAUCUUUGAAUAGAAAGUUCAAAAUGUUGUAUUUUGCAGGGUUUCUAAACGGUCUUUUGAAUUUCACUCAUAUGUUCCUCACUGAGCUGUUAACAUUAAAAAAGUAUAUUGUAUUUACUGUCAUUGUAACUCCAGGGGGUGAAGAUUUAAGUGUUCCUAGGGACAUUGACCUCAUGGCUCUACCUCAUCUUUGCUUUCCAGGUAUUUGAUAUAACCCGACACACAUACAAACAUAUAAGUCAUGUAAAACUCUCUUGUAAACGGCCACAUGUACACUAUACAUAAACACAUAAAGCUUGACAAGUAUCAUGUUGUUGUUUUGUUUUUACAAAAAGUCAUUCUUGAAAUAUAAUUGUAAAAUGUAAGUUGCAGAAUUUCACAUCUACAUGCGCAUCAAAAUGCUCUGUUUUAAUUUCUUUUUACCAGGUGGGCUACAAGUAACCAGCAACCAGGUGGAUGAACAAUUUCACUUUUUGGUUUUCACUGAUGUCCUUGGCAACAAGACUCAUGGAGUUGUACUGCAGUGUUCCAAAGCAGUAAUGGUACAGUUUGGCACAUGUGUUACUUUACACAUUUUCAUACAGUUCAAUGAAACGUUAGCUCAAUUUUACUGCUACAACCCGAUCAUAAGAUGUUACUGGAGCGACAGAGGCCAUAAUAGUUUGCAACUAAUCCAAUCAGCAUGUUUUGUAAAUCAGCAAAAAUCUAAAAUGUAAACAAUUGAAUGUGAUUUGUGUGAUUUUUACAGGAGGGGACGUCUGGCUUGCACAACAGCGUGGGGUCCUCUAAGUUCUCUAAGCUUUUCUCUGCUUACAGUGUCUGUGUCAUAUCCAAGUACCCUUACUUCACUGCACUCAAAGACUGUCUGUCAUGGUGAGAAACAGAGCGACUUUAAGUACUUGGCUUUUGAAUUCAUUCUUUAAAUCCUAUAAAAACAACCCCUCCAGCCAUAUUUUCUGUUUAUGUAAAUGCUAAAGGGAACUUGUUAGCAUGUCUUUGACCUUAUUUUAUCUUUUUUGCAAGAGUUACCUCAAAAAAAAAAAUAAAUCAGAAAAUAUGUAUAAAUGUUUUGCAGGGAUUAUUGUUCUUAUUUAGAGUUUGCAGUGAUUCAUCAUGUUAAUAAUAUGUCUUUUAAUCUCUCAUGUCUGUUUUUGUUCCACUUCAGUCUGUUAAUCCAGCUGAGAACUUGUCGUUUAUCAGACAUGGAGGAGAGAGUCAAGGAGUUUGCAGCUAGACUGGCACUGGUGCCCAUCCCUCCUCCUGGACCUUUACAUUUGGUGUGUGUGUGUUGUACAUGUGUUUAAUGAUAAGACCCUAACUCAAACUUUGCACCUGUCAGUACUUCUCCAAAGAUGUGAACACUUAUGAAACCUUGUGAAAUUACAAAUUUGAUAGACACACAGUAUUAGUUGUAACAGCAGCUGUAAACCUGAGUAUGUGUGCACAUGUAAUCCUGCCAUUUCCAUGUAUCAUUUAUCUGUAACAGCACCUUAACUCUAACAUUCUAUGUUUUAGACCUUUACGUUGCGUCCUCUCACCAUUGUGUUACCAUCAAGAGAAGACAAAGAUCACCCUGUCAUAGAUUUAGACCUCCAUCUGCCUUUCCUCUGCUUCAGGCCACGCCAGCUCUUGCAGGUAUCACACACACACACACCUGUUGUUCGAAUGUUUAUGGACAGUGGAGGCUCAUACUAGCCCUCAAAACUGUUUUCUUGUCUUCUUUUGGUAUCUGUCUCUGUAGGUGCUGUCUAGUCUCCUGCAGGAACAACAGGUGGUGCUGUUUUCUUCUGACUGGGCCAGGCUUACACUGGUCGCAGAGAGCUUGUUGCUUUUUCUUCAGGUAAGCAUACAGUACCUGAAAAGGGAACAACAGUGUUAUUUUAUUGAAUUUUACUCUGAAAUUGUAUUAAUUGAUAUCAAACCAAUAAGGUUUUGUUGUGGCCACAGUUAAAUGAGAGACUUAAAAGUCUAAACGUAAAACAUUAUAUGGUCAAGGGCAGUUUUACAAGAUUUUCCAAGCAUUCCUCCAUCUGUCCAUCAAUUUAACUGUAAUUUAUCUCCCCUCAUAUUUCUUCCAGCCUCUUUCAUGGCAGCAGCCGUAUGUUCCUGUCUUGUCUAGAGGCAUGCUGGACUUCCUCAUGGCUCCGACUGCCUUCCUCAUGGGCUGUCAUCUCAGCCACUUUCCAGAAGUUGCUGCUGUGAGUGCACGUCCAGCCUAAAAGAUCAAAAUGAAAGUAGAGGACAAGUUUUGCUAUUUAACUUUAAGCAGAAGUGAAAGAGUUUUCUCUGCAUCUUAAUACAUGUUGAAGCCUGCGGUAGAAUUUCCAAGUUUAAGUCUCUGAUCAUUUUGCAUGCUUUGAAAGAAUAAUUUUCACUUUCUGUUGUCCUGCUCACAGUCGUUGCCCGACAUCUUGAAUAAUAUCAUAUCUUGCAUACUCGCUGCACCUUUACCUUUCUUUCCACAUAGGAAACAGAUGAUCUGAUCCUCAUCAACAUCGACAGUGGAAGUGUUUCUACUUCUCACUCUGAGACCCUUGGUCUCCCAGAGAUCCCCCAGGCUGCUGCAGAGUGUUUCACUCAGAGGUGAUUCAGUAACAUAUGGUAUAAAAUAUGUAUCAUACAUAACAUGUAUAUCAGUUAGUAAUUUCUUGAAUGUGUCUAUGUCUUGCAGGUGUCAGUCCCUGCAAAUACAUUUUGACAUGUAUCAGUGCAGCCACACAAGCAGCACAGACAUCAGUGAGCAGAGAGCACAGAGAAGAGCAUGGCAACUCAACCUUAACCAAGAUAUCCAGAGGAUCACACUAGAACUGAUUGUCAACAUAUUCAGGUUGUAUUUUGCUUAAUAGGUAUUUAAUGAGAUGAUCAUAUAAUAAACCAGCAUUAAAUUUACAUUAAUAACAGGGAUGUUAGCGGUCAUCUGAACUAUGAGCAUCGAGUAUUCAACAGUCAAGAGUUCCUGAAAACCAGAGAACCAUCUGACCAGCUGUUUUAUAAGACGGUAAAAACUCAUUUAAAAUACAAAACAAGUGACACAUUUUUUGCUGUAUUUUUUUACAUCUAUGAAGGAAAAUAGCUAUUUUGACAUGGAUCUUUGUGAUGCAGGUGUUGGACACCCACAUAUUUCAUUUCUUCCUCAAAGAUCGCCUCAACAGGAAAAUGGACGAUUUUGCUCGAAUGGAGCUCAGCUCUCAUUCAGGGAAGAAGGAGUAAGUUAGUAAACAUGUUUGAAAGAGAACUUAACAUCUAAUAAUGUUCAAAAGCUCUUCAUUUAAUGUCUUAGUCAGCCUCAGGGGGGUUUGAGAAAAUUAGUCAUGAUAUGAUAAGACCAGCACUGCAUAGAUCAAAAAAAAAAAAAGGCCAGUGGUAUGCAACAAAGCAGCCAUGCCAUAUAUAUCUGUAGUCCAGUGGUUUAGCUGAAACAUGAACUUAACAUAGUGAUGUAAUUAAGAAACAAAUACAUUUCUUUGUUUACACCACUAUGAAAAGAAACAAGAUAUAAAGAUGUAAAGAUAUAAUACAAUUUAAAAUACAUACUUUCUUUAUGCUAAUUGAGUCGAGAUGUUCCCUUCACAUUCUCUGAUUCUUCCACAUGUCAAACAGAAUAAAGACCAUGGUUGAAGUCCCACACAGACCCACCAUGCAGGAGCUUCAAGCCCGCAGAAAGAGCUCCGCUUCUGAGGGCAAGCUCAGUAAGAGACUGGGGAUGAGCGAACCUAACCUGAUGGAUGAGCAAACUUCCAAUGGUCACAGGAACACACUGCCAAGCAGGAGCUUCAUGCCUGAACCUGGUGAGACUGGAUGAGGAUUUUCGGUGUGACAGAUGCAAGAUGAUGUGGACAAAAACUAAAAAAAAAAUGACUUUUUUUUCUGUUUUCUAUUCCCUUCUUUUAAUCCUCAUGAUAUCUCACUCUCCCUUAUUCUCCUUCUGUCUUAUCUCUUAGCACUGAGAUCUCCUCCAAAGCCUGUAAAGGUGUUUAAACUCCCAGAAUUUCCAACCCUUCUGUCCUUUCAUGCUACACAGAGUUACUACAGUGAGCUGAUCCAGCAGCUUGGGAAAGCCAUCUUCUCUGCCCAGAAGGAGAAUCCUGCUCUGCUUGCCCGGUAGUCUGCAUUAUUUGUGUGUUAGCAUUUCUGGUCGAUUCUGGUUCAGCUGGUUUCUUUUCUGAUUCAUUACCUUUUAUAUAAAAAUAUCAUUUACCCUCGAUUUUAACCAUUUUUCCUCUGCAGGUUCUACUACCUGCGUGGUUUCAUCAACACAUUGUGUUUGCGGAGGCUGGAUGCCUUAAGUGAUUUCCAAAACCUCUAUAAGACAGACACGGACAUCUUCCCCACGCAGCUGGUCACAUGGCUUAUGGACUCCCUGCACAAAGAUGAGAGACAACAAGUAGACAAAAGACCUGAACUCAAGAGACUCAUCCUCAAGGUCGGUCACUUACACGACUCCAGUCCCUGUAGAAGUAUAGUGGAUGAUGAUGUUAAGUCUGCUUCUGUUCACGAUGAUCUGAAUGACGGAUGCUGUCUUCAUCUGUCAGGUGAAGACAGAGAACGAGAAGCCGCUGGUGCAGCCUGAUGACCAUGUCAAGAAGUUCCAGCUCCCCCAGAAAAAUCUGCAUCAGGAAGAGUUUGUGCGUUGUGUCCAGGAAUGCGGCAUUAUUAAGGACUUAGCAACCAUCCACCGUUUAUUCGAUGCUCUCAGUGACAGUAAGUGAGGACAGGAAUGCUAAUGUGUAUUUCAGAAAUGACUGUUAGAAUUCUUGAUGUGAUUUUUUUUCAUACAGAUCCAUGCAAUAUGAAAAUCUGUAUUUUCUUAUGAGUCAGGAAAAGCACUGAUUAUUCUGUACUGUCUGUAGUCUAAAUCCUCUGAACUUUAAAAAUCCUUCAGGCACUUUUUUCUCAUUCACUUCUUAAAAUCCUUUGAUUAGACGUGAUAUUUCUCAGUGGAUACAGUGAUUACAAUUAGGAUUUAGUCAUGUAUGGAUAAAUGUCAAAAAUCAAAGAGCAAUAAAACAUGGAGAAUGACGAAUCGGAUUUUCAGAUAGUUUGCUAUUUCAUUUCAGUUGAUCAUGAAGAAACAAAGUAGCAGAUCUCCCUGUCUUCAUGUAAACGAUCACAGCAUGUAACCGUACAGAAUUUGUCCCACUGUUGACGUGUCUUUCUGUCGGCCUCCUUGGCCCCUGUUCAUGAUAUAAUAUUUUCUUUCCCAGGUAAUGGGAAAGACCAACCAAAGCAGGUAGACCCUGAACUUUUCAGAAAUUUCUACACCGUCUGGAAGGAGAUGGAGGCUGACGCACAAGAUGUUAACUUGCCCUCUGAGGUUAUAGACCAUCUCUACCACAGCGAGUGUAUCUACAAGGUGUCGUCCUGUAUUAAGACCUCCGACGGUGUUGGAAAACUUGCCAUGACACAGAAACGCCUGCUCUUGCUCACAGAGGGAAAACCAGGAUUUCUAGAAAUUACAAACUUCAGAGACAUACAGGUGAAAGAUAAAGAAUUUUCUUUGAAUUAAAGUUUCUCUGAAGUCUAUAUUACCCUGGAUUUGUGUUCAAGGUAAAUAAUAGUAGGUUACUCUCACGUAUCUGUGCAGGAGGUGAAGAUUUCCACAGCUCCUGUUCUACUUAGUCGUGUUCCAUCCCUGCGUAUCCAGACCUCCAGCAGGCCGAAGGUGUUCGAGGCUAACUUAAAGAUGGAGGCUGAACUCUGGAAUCUUGUGGUGAAAGAGAUGUGGGCCGGACGUAAGAUGGCUGACCAACACAAGGUACAACAAGGUCACAGAUCUGGAAAUUUUGGGCUGAACAUUUCUCAGAAUUUGUCAGUAACAGACAAAACAUUAGUUGUUGUCUUGGCUACUGCUUGAGGAAUAUAUGAAUUUGCUUUGAUAUUUUGAUUUAUCUUUUAUAAACCGUAAAUCAAACAUUAGUAUUAUCUUUCUCUAGGACCCUCAGUAUUUGACUCAAGCCCUGACCAAUGUCCUGCUGAUUGAUGCCGUCGUGGGCUGCCUGCAGACCCAGAGGUCCAUUCUUGCUGCUUCAAAGCUGGCCUACUUUGACAAGAUCAAACAAAGAGGUGUGAGCUCACUCUGGUCCUCUUUUACAACUUUCAUUUCGUCUAAUUUUAAAAAUGAAUACAAUAAUAUAAUUUGAUAAGGACACUCUUGAUGAAGACACCCUAUGAUGUGCUAUAUGCAUUAUUUUUUUUCUCUAACUAGCUCCUAAGAUGGUGUCUGAAACUACCUCAGAGACUCUCAAACACAGGAUCAACCCUUCACUGGGCCUCCCUGAACCUCAGACUGUACAUGUGCUGCUAUACACACCAGGUACUCUGCAGAGAAAGUUACGGUAUUUUCUUUUAAUACCCUGAUUUCACGCAGAAUACCAUGUCUCCUCAUCUUUGUGCAUUUACUGUUCAAACUAUAGAAGUAUCUAUGUAAUGUGUUUAUGAGUAAUCAGUGUCCCUACAAUGAAACCCUGUCUGAGCAGAAAACUUAUCAUGUGCUUUACAUUUUCUGCAAAAAAAGGAACUAUAGACUGUGAGCUUUCCUCUCUGUUUGAGUCUCUGUCUGACUUCAUGGCUGUGUCCCACUUUAUGUUUAUGUCACAAGACACUCGCUGUUAAAUCUUUCAUGUUCGUGCAGGAUUGACUAAAGGUCAGAGUAAGGACAACAAAUAUGAAAAGCUUUAAAGAGACAUGAAGCUUCACUCCACUGGCUGCCCAUACAUUUUAGGGUUCAUUUUGAAAUUCUUUUAUUUGUUUUAAAUCCCUCAAUGGUCUCGCCCCGCUGUACCUCUUUGAGGUUCUACACUUUUAUACUCCUUCCAGGUCUCUCAGGUCAGCCGAUCAGCUGCUUCUGAGAGAGCCUAAAACAAAGCGGAAGCUCAGAGAGGAUCGUGAGUUUGCUGUCGCAGCUCCUAAACUUUGGACUAGCCUGCCUCAGCACAUCAGACAGGCCUCCUCUUUGCCUGUUUUUAAAUCCUGCCUUAAGACGCACCUCCUCUCCUUGGCUUUUAACACCCAGAAGGAGGCUAACUUCAUUUAUAUUAUUUUAUUGAUUUUAUUGAUUGUAUUUGUUUUUAUUUGAUUUUACUGUGUUUAUUUUUACCUUAUCUAUUGUGCUUCCGUUGUGUUAUUUAUUGUAUUUUUAUCUUGCUGUGCAGCACUUUGGAAACCUUGCAUUUGCUUAAAUCAUGCGAUAUAAAUAAAAUGGAUUGGAUUGGAUUGGAUGAAGCAUCUCAGACAGAAGCUGAAGAAAGUUUUCAAAGACAGCAGCCUGAAUUAUGUUGAUCAUAUAAAUCAUGUCAAAGUGCUAAGAAACUAUCAGAGGGGCAACAUAAUGCCAAAAAAAUUAGCAUAUACCGCUUCUUACAUUCAACUGUAAUGGUCCUCUGCUCUGUCACUCUUUUUGUCUUCCUUACUUUCUGCAGGUCAGCUGAAUUGGAGUGACUCCAAGGCUGGGAUGAACCCGAAGCUGUGGGUGGCUCUCAGCGGGGGCAGAGUGGUUGUUUUUGAUGCAGCUAGCUGGUCCAUGCUGCAGGUCUGCAUCCAGGUUGGAGAGUCAAAACUGGUGAGGAGAGACUGUGCAAGAACGUUAGGUGUAUCAUUAAUUUAAAGAGGAAGUUUAUUCAUCACAGUCUGUCAUAAAAGGUUAUAAAGAGCCUUUUGCUGACCCAGAUGUCAUCAUAUAUCACUUCAGGGACACUUUUUUUUUGCUGCUCCAGUUUGAGGUUUUUUUGUGUUGAAUUGCUUUUCAUGAGUCAAACAUUUCAGCUCCUAGCUGGUUGACAAAUUUUGCAUUUGGUUUAUAUAAACAUAAUUCAGCAAAGCCAAAGUUAAGCCUCUUAAAUACAGAUUAUCAGUGUGAUAAUGAGUAAGCAAGUGUUUGUUUUUAUGUCUUUGCUGUUACAGCCAGUGGGAACUGGAAAGUGAAUUAUGUUCAAAUACUAAAUACCGUUUUUAUUAGUAGUUUGUUGUGUUUUUCUGUUUUCUUGUAAGAUUUUCAAGUUUUGAUAAAGAGUUUGAGAUCUUCAAAGGUUCACAAUAAGACAUUUACUGUGUGCACUUUCCAACAAACAGUGAACAGUGCACACUAUACUUGAAUAUAGUAGUUUUGGACCCCGUUAGAGUGCUAUUUCCUUGCUCACAUAAAAUUAAGACACUGUGUUGCAACCUCUGUGUAGAACUGCAUGCUGGGAUUGAACCAUGAUCAGGUAUGGAUCGGCUCCCAGGACUCAGCGAUCUACAUAAUUGACACCCACAGCAUGUCAUGCAACAAACAGCUGACUGAACACAGACAUGAAGUGACUGGACUCACAAUGGACAGCAGAGACCAACACAGCAGGUAGGGGGACGAUCCGGUUUGGAUGUCAGAUUUUACAGAUGAAAUGUUAGAUAACAGACACAUCAAUGAGGGUCUGAAUAUGUCUGGAAAAGUGUUUCAGCAUUGUAGAAGCAUGUGUGGGUUGUAGAUCUGGCUAAAAUUUUUAGUCGAACUGUGUUUCUAAGUCAGCAGACAUACUCCUGCAGCAGUGAAGGGACAAUUCUGCAGUGGGACUCAGCCAGUCUUAAAAUGACGAGAAACUUUCACCUCAGGUGUGACCGUCUCUCCUCCAUACAGAUCUAUGACGGCUCGCUGUGGUGCUGUGAGUGUUCAUAUUUAUUCCGACACUAUUUUUAGCAUUUAUGGCUCUGUAUGAAAGGUCUUUUUGCUAACUUCCUAAUUUACUCUCUCUGCAAUCUUCAACGCUUAGUUUAGACUUAAACGUCUCUGAAGUCAAAUACCAGAGUAUGAGCUUGUAUCUGGUCAUUUCAAGAAAAAGUGACAGUUAUUUUUUUAACUGAAGUGACAGUUAUUUUUUUAACUAAAGUGUCACUAUGUGUGUGUGUGUGUGCGUGCGUGCGUGCGUGCAGGUUGUGGUGACAGCAUUGUGGAACUGAAAAAGAGCGGGACGCUACAGAGAAGGCUGGAAAUCCCUGACGACCUACGGAGCAUGCCCAGUUGCUUCAGCUGCUUUGUUUACAUCCCUGAGGUGUGUUUGCAACUCUCAGCUGAUAUUUCUUUCAUUUAACAAAGUUAAUAGCCCUGUAGUAGUUUUACAAAUAAAGGGGUUUUUUUUUUGUUUGUGUGUGUUUCAGCGAGGUGAAUUGUGGACUGGCUGUGCAGAUUUAGGUGAGCUGUGUCUCUGGAAAACCAAGAACUGCAAACAUCCCUUUAAGAGGAUCUCCCUGUCAGGUUGUUCAGGAGUCACCUGUAUGAUUCCAGUCAAGAACCAGGUAAAAUACGAAGCACUAACACUGUAAACAAUGUGGCAGGUGUAACAUUAGUCAAACAUGCUGUUUUUGUGGGAUCAGGCAUCACCAAUUUAUCUUUUGUUGCAAACCAGUGGUGAAAUAAAAAAAUGCAUCAAGAAGAAAAUACAAGCAAAGAAGAUAUGUUUGUAUGACACACUCAAAUACUGUGCAUCAUUGCUGCACUUCUUUGCCUACUAUGUUUAAAGUGGUCACAAAUUUUGGGGGGGUUCAGUCACUCAAAGCAUGUUUUUUUCUCGUUUACAUCCGAGAUGCCUCCCUUUUUACUCUUUCACUUUCUUUUUACCCUGAACAAUCACACUUCUGCUCUUCCUCAAUGCUCCCUCUCCUCCCCUCAGAUCUGGGUGGGCUGUCGUGGCUGGAGCAGUGUCGGAGAUCAGAGUGACGGUCAGCUAAGAAGUCAGGUGCUGGUGAUGGACUCAGUGGGCCAAACUGUGACAAAGGAGCUGCAGGCUCAUUCAGACAGCAUCCAGACGCUCUGCUCAGCUGAGGAUCGAUAUGUCCUGAGCGGCUCGACACGUCAUGAUGGCAAAAUCGCCAUCUGGAAAGUUGAGUAGGGAACAGAGACAUACUAAGCAGAAGUGGUCCAAGAAAGGCGCUCAUGUGGACUUAAACUGGAAGUGUCAAAUGUUUACAUGACGUCAAGGUCAUCCUCAAGGAGGUGGCAGCCAUAUUUAUCAGGUAAAGAAGUAAACCCA